UUCCUUCAGCCAUUACUUGAAAGUGUUUUCUAGCUCCUGUUCACCAAUAACACAAAGCAACUGCAUCGCAUUUUUUAAUUCUGCCUCUCAGUUUUGGUUUGUUCUAUAACCGAGUGGAAAUGACCAACAGCUGGAGUAAAAGCAACAGUCACUUCCAGUCUACACUUACCCAAAAUAUGCAGAACUCAUGUAUGUUCCUUAUUUAGCACCUGUAUGCACAGGCAAAACCUCUGACUAUUUGGUAUUUUAUCCCUCUAUCCUCCCCUAGAACAUCAGAUAUGAAAAAUGAUGAUGUUUCAUGACCUGCUCCGCUACCACAGAGAAACAGGAGGGAAAACAAUCUUAUCGAGAACCUUUCAGUCCAAUGAAGUACUGACUCCACUUCAAAUUCCUUCACCUCCAACUGUCUUGCAAGACAGAUAUGAAGAGUUCAGGGAAUCCCUUCAUCACUGCAAGCUUUCUGGGGGAACAGAAAGGGAGCAUGGAGGAAUUGCUCUGCCUGUAUUGCCAAAAGACCACAGAUCACCAUGCACACUUGUGAGAGGACAUCCUCAUUUUGGUAGUGAUGUAUUCCCUUGCCCAAGAGGCCUUCCUAUUGAGCAGUACUAUGAUGUCACCCUGCUGAGAAAAAGUGAUGUGCGUAUGAAUGAUGAUCUACUUUGUAAGCCACCAAGCAGUUUGGCUAAACCGCUGAGCCUGCCGUUUCCCACCUCUCAUCCCUACCAGACACACAUCUCUAGGUAUGCCAUGUUCCCGGACUUCAAAUCACCUGGGGAUCGAGACACUGGAACUGAUGCAAGCUGUCGCCAGCCUUUUCAUUCUGAUAUCUCCUGCAAGGCUUUUGAAGUGGUUGUUCUAAGGAGUACCAGAGGUAACCCAUACAGGCACGAAGUUGUCAGCAUUCCCUUUGAUUCCCUGAAGGAGGCUUUGUGCUGUAGAAGACAGCACGCAUGCUUGCAAGUUUUUAGAGAGUUAGAACAUAAGGUCUCUUCAAGAACAACCAAUAUACUACAAAACAUUGAAAGAGCUCAGUGGAUCACAACAUACAAUCGAAACUUCACAGGAAGAGGUCCUAUGAAUCCCCUUAUCCUGGAUGAUUACUACAUGAAAGCAGUUGGCAGAUUAACUGGAGAACUCGGUACAGAUGUGGAACUUAAAGAAACAUUCAUGUCUAGUCUCUCACAAGUGAGGCCGCUUAGAGGGCGCACGGCGCGUUUACUGCAAGGCCGACAUCGCUGUGAAUCUGUUCUGCAGGAACAGCACUGCUGCCACGAGCGGGCCAAACCGCCUCAGGUAGCCCACCAAAAAAACCACCAUCUGGAUGCAGGGCUGCCAAUAAGCACAUUUCAGAACAUCAUUAAUAGAAAGCAAGCGGAAGCACUGUACCAGGGGCAGUUUUCAGGAAGGCCGGAACUUCAGUCCCUUCCAGAGUCUGCGCAUUCUCUUUCCUGUGAAGAUUUAAAGCCCAAACAUUUGGACCAACAUACAAUAUGGGCAAACCCACUUAGUAAGACAGUCUUGCCGCAGGAUGGAAACAGGGAGGAAAACAAAAUUGUAUUGCACAAGCUCUGGAACCAAGAAGCAAGUGAGCAUGCAUGGAGACCAGAGGACAGACUAGGAGAGGUGGCACUGCCAGAGUGGGUCCCUGGCUCUGAGGUUGCUUGGCGCCAAACAGUGCUGCUAGAGCUGCAGGAUUCCUUCUCAAAGACAGCAGCACAAAAAUGUUUUCAUGAUUCUAUCAACGGAGAGACAAAAGACCUCAGAGAUAACAUUAAUAAGGGAAGGAGACAUGAAUUCUAUGGUUUCAAUGCUUUUUAUUUCCAUAACUGACACAUUCAUUGGUAUUUUAAAAAUAGUAACAAAUAAAGAAGCACUUCAAUACAACCUGCCUAUUCUUUUGUGCUGCUUGUGGCAAAGAUGGAGUUUAUUUUCUUCAUAGUGCCUUGUAUGGUGCUAUGCUUUGGAUUUGUGAUGAGAACAGUGUUGACAAUGUGCCAGUGUUUUAGCUGUUUCUGUGUAGUGCUUAGACGGAAUCAAGGACAUUUCUGCAAGUGAGCAAGCUGGCAAUGUGCAAGUUGAUGGGAGGAGACACGGCCAGCACAGCUACCCCUAAUGGACCAAGGGAAUAUUCCACACCAUGUGUCAUCAUGUUCAGCAAUAACAGCUUGGGGGAAAAGGAGGAAAGGGGUACAUUCAGACUUGUGCUGUGUCUUCCCAAGAAACCACUAUAUGCAAUGAAGUUCUGCUCUCAUGGAAAUGGCUGAACAUCUGCCUAUUGGUGGAAAAUAGUGAAUUAAUUUUGCUUUGCUUGCUUGUGCAGCUUUUGUUUGACCUAUUAAAUAGUAUUUGUCUCAACCCAUGAGUUUUUUCACUAUUGCCUUUCUGAAAGUGAAUGAGCAGCUGUAUUGCUUGGCUGUCUACCAGGGUUAAAUCACAACACUUCAUUUUGGUGCCCAGAACAAGGGUCAAAGGGUUCAAGAUAAUGACAGAUUGCAGUAUGCUAGACUAAAUGUAUAGCUCUUAUAGCUAUUUAUCUGCUAAUUGGCAGGCUCCUGUGCUGGA